UGGAAGGGAAGGUCCUCUUGAGCUGGGAGAUUCCCCAGUAACUGGGUGAGCAGACCUUUCCUCGCAGCUUUUAAGGGAGUGUGUUCGGGGCUUUAGGACCAUAUUUUUUAAGGGGUUGUGCACAACCUACCAUGGCCACAUCUGGCAGGAUCAGUUUUACGGUGAGGAGCAUUUUGGAUUUACCAGAGCAGGAUGCUAAUAGCAUAAAGCAAGCCUCUGACCAUCACCAUUCAUCGGAGAACUACAUCGGCUCGCCGUACCGGGGAUGGAUAGAAACAGACAGAAAUCACUAUCCCUCUUCCGACGAGAGUGGCCCGGAGCUGAGCUUGCCCGACUCCACCCAAAGGUCGCUUCCUGCCCACGGUUCGGAGGCCGAGGAGAAGAAGAAGAAGCGGCGGGUGCUCUUCUCCAAGGCGCAGACGCUAGAGCUGGAGCGGCGGUUCCGGCAGCAGCGGUACCUCUCGGCGCCGGAGCGGGAGCAGCUGGCCCGGCUGCUCAGCCUCACCCCCACUCAGGUGAAGAUCUGGUUCCAAAACCACCGAUAUAAGAUGAAGCGGGCGCGAAGCGAGGGUCCCGGCAGCCCCUCGCCGCGCCCGCCGGCUCUGCUGCGCCGGGUAGUGGUGCCGGUGCUGGUGCGGGACGGGGAGCCCUGCCGCGGCUGCCCCGCCAGCCCCCCGCCGCCCGCUGCCCGCCCCAAGAUGGGCUGCGCCCUGGCCGGCUGCAGUGCGCAAGCUGCACUGGCCCUGCCGGGCUACCGAGCCUGCCCGCCCGCCUCCGCCGCCGCCCUCGGCGUCUUUCCCGCUUACCAGCACUUAGCGCACCCCGCCGUCGUCUCCUGGGGCUGGUGAUGGCGGCGCUUCGCCCUCCGGGGCCGGACUCAUGCCACGGGCGCAGGCAGGCCCGCCCCAGCCACAGGCUCCCGGCGCCCCGAAGGCGCCGGCGAAGGGCCGUGAGGCGGAGGCGGCUGCGGGGCGGCAGCGGACAGGCCGGCCUCGCGUGGGCCGUCCUGCCGUCCCGCCGCUGGGCUCACCCGAGAUGCGGGCGCGCACGGCGGGUGCGGCUCUAACUCUGUAAAACCCUCGCUCCCCCUGCUUCUCUUCCAGACAUUCCUUGUUAAACAAACAAACAAAAAAAUCCUAGCGACCUAGUUUCUUUAAAAAUAGCUAAUCUUUCCAGUGACUAAUAAAAUGAUAUUUGACUAAUAAAUUUUUCCCGGCAAAGAGGCAUAUUUUUGGUCAUCGGGGCUUUUGCGACGGAUUACUUCCUGUGCCACAGGCGCUUAAACACCUGUCUUGAUCGCGCCAU